UGUCCCUCUAUCCAUCUCACCCACCAAGAAACCUCGAAUUGCUGGGUUUUACUUCGUUUUUGACUGUACAGGCCACUGCACAUCUCUCGGUAAUUUUUCGUUGAGCUACGAUUCGCAUCGAUAUGUCUAAAUCUAGUUCUUGUUGUCUCUGUCACCUGUUCUCUUUGUUCUUCCAAGUCAAAAGUUCGAGAAGAGCAGUAAAAACAAGGCCUGCAGAUUGACCAUCGACUAAUAGGCGCAAGGGCUACUUCCUUAAAUGCGAAGCCUUCAUAUGUGCGCCCUCUUGACGAAACGUUGAUGUUAGAAAUAGUGAAGAAAAGAAAGAUCGUGAUAGCAGUGGAGAAGAGAUUGAAACAAAAUGGUCGAGAGGAUGAAGCGGGGCUCCACUUCGAGUCCCAACUUCUGAACAUCAUCGCACUGCACACAUUCCACAACUACGCAGAACAUAUCCGUUCUCAUCUUCAUCGCAGAGCAGACAGACCUUAUUCUUCAAAGUCUCGCUUCUACCAACUAUUUAAUCGAAAGAUCCUAGCGCUCGGUGCUGACCAGAUUCCCACUGCCCGUUUUGUUAAUUGCUAUGAUAUCGAGCUUAGCUUCGCCAACCUUCUCACAAUUAAAAGGAACGCAACGUAUCUCGUUAUUGUCUCGUUGCCAAGAUCGAUAGAUGUUCACAAGCUAAAUCUCCCCUUUCCGUUUCUUUCCUUUGGGUUGAUCUCUUUUUAUGAGCAAGGUGUGGAAAUGGUUCAACUCCAGCGCCGGGCUAAGAAGCGCCAGAACAAACCCCUUAUGAACCCUAACAGGUUUCCCUUUUCAUCCUCUGGACUGCCUCUUUUCGCUUACCUGAGUAGAUUUCACCUAAGUCGAUAUGGGCUCGGGUCGUGGGUCGAAGCCAGCCUCAUGUUGUUUCAAACACCUGACCGUGUCGAAGAGCAGUGUGCACACAACGGCUCAACCAUUCUUCCUCGCAUCUUCGGCCAGCCCGUUCAGAUAAAGCUAUGGUCUCACCCACAAACUUGUUCGAAGGAUUCGUUUCAUCACUCUUCAAACAUGAAGCCACUACCCAAGGCGAGUGAUCUCAAUGCGCAAUGCCAGAUGAUGUCCACUGCUCAUACCCUUACUUUCCAGAUCGAGGAAAUUUUAAAUGUCUAUUUUUUGAUUUGGAUAUGCCUUGAGAUUCGCCUCGCCCCCAGCUUACGUUUCCCCGCCUCCCCCUGCACGAAUUACCGACAGCGGGCAUAUAGUGAUUAUGUUAUUGCAUCACACUUCGCUCGACGAUUAUGCUUUGCACGAAACUGA